GCGAGACGGGCGCGCGGCGGCCGCUCCCGCGUCACUGCGCCGGUGGCGGCGGCGGGGAGAUGCGGCUCGCGGCGCUGGUGGCGGCCGUGCUGCUGGCGCGGGCUCCGGCGCCGGAGGUGUGUGGUGCCCUGAAUGUCACCGUGUCCCCAGGACCUGUGGUUGACUACCUGGAGGGGGAGAAUGCCACGCUCUUGUGCCACGUCUCCCAGAAGAGGCGGAAGGACAGCUUGCUGGCCGUGCGUUGGUUCUUCUCUCGCCCCAACUCCCCGGAGACCCUGAUGGUGAAGAUGACCAAGCUCCGGCUGGUACAGUACUAUGGGAACUACAGCCGCAGUGCCAACCGGCAGAGGUUGCACCUGCUAGAAAAGAGGCGUGGGGCUGUCUACAUGCUUUCCAUUCUGACCCUCAGGCCUGCUGACCAAGGCCACUAUGCCUGCAAAGUUCAGGAAAUCAGCAAGCACAGGAAUAAGUGGACAGCCUGGUCUAAUGGUUCCUCCGGGACAGAAAUGAGAGUGACUUCUCUCCAAGUUCCGGAAGAUUCAUCCUUUGAGAAAAAGAAAAAUACAUGGGCAUUUUUUGAAGAUCUCUACAUGUACGCUGUGCUCGUGUGCUGUGUGGGCAUCCUCAGCGUCCUGCUCUUCACGCUAGCCAUCAUCUGGCAGUCCGUGUUUAACAAGAGGAAAUCUAGAGUGAGACAUUAUUUGGUGAAAUGCCCUCAGAACAGCUCAGGGGAGACCGUCACCAGCGUGACCAGCUUGGCCCCACUACAGCCCAAGAAGGGCAAGAGAAGGAAGGAGAAAGCUGACAUUCCUCCCGCUGUCCCUGCCAAAGCUCCCAUAGCCACCACGUUCCACAAACCGAAGCUGCUCAAACCACAAAGGAAAGUCACCCUGCCAAAAAUUGCCGAGGAGAACUUGACCUACGCCGAGCUGGAACUGAUCAAACCCCACCAGGCAGCCAAAGGUGCCCCCACCAACACGGUCUACGCCCAGAUCCUCUUUGAGGAGAACAAGCUGUAAACACGCAUCUUUGCCCACGGUCCUAUUUAAUACCUGCCACCCCAGUUAUUUAUGAAACUCUGGAAACAAAGUCCUUAUUUUUGUAUUUUCACUGGUGCCUUCUGUGUGGUGGACGGGAACCCCCUUUCCGACGCUAUUCAGGUGCCUUCCAGGAGGGACACGGCUGUUUCCCCCCAGCACAGGGCCGACUGCUGUUGGAAAACUUUCUAGGGCCCAACUUCAGGCCUGAGCCAUGAGGGCUGAGACUCAAUUCUGAGUGUACCCAAAAGAGACUUUAUGCUGAGCCAGCCCCUCUUCACAUUCUCUUCUUUCUCUGUUUUAGUUUUUUUAGCCUUAAAAAAUAAUAAUCUUUAUUUUAAUCUUCUACUCUUCCUGUACCAGUGAUAGCAAACUCAUAGUCUAGGGUAGAGGAAAUGCCAUUACAGGUCAUAGUGUGACAGGGUAGAUGGGGGAAUAUUGGUUUUCAAGAAUCAGAAAGCAUGGGAGCCCCCGAGCAGAACAGAGCGGGAUGGAGCAGAACAGAACCGAACAGAGCAGAGCAGGAAAGAGCAGAACAGAGAUGAGCAGAGCAAAACCUCAGAACAGAGCAGAACAAACCGGAACAGGGCAGAACAGAUACGGCACAGCACAGCGCUUAUUACAAGGAGGCACUCAAGAGAGCAUCUCUUGUUAUAGAUGUGCUGGCCCCAGCACUGUGAAGAUAGUCAGGCAAAGAGGGAAUCCGAGGUCAAAGCUCAUGGUGAGCCCUCACGGGACACCCCAGUUGCCCACUUCCACAUCCCCAGCCCUCUAUUGCAUACCCUUUCAAGGGCUUCAGCCCUUCAGCAGGUGAGGCCUCUCCUGGUGAGAAAAAUUCCUGUCCUCUGAGAAGUUUUUCCCUUAUCCAAACAGAGCAGGAUGGCUGGGGCCCCUUGACACACAGGAGGAAGCAGACCUGCAAACAGGGCUGAAUUUCCUGACCCUG